ACUAAAAUCCAUGGGGUUGGAUUUGUAAAAAUACACGCACCGUGGAAUGUAUUGUGUCGAGAGGCAGAAUUUCUUAAGCUCAAGAUGCCCACAAAAAAGAUGUAUCAGAUCAAUCAGACCCAUGGUCUUCUGAAAAAGAUUAACUCCGUAAUUCAAAAAAUAACAGAGCCCAUCCAGCCGAAAGUAGCAGAACACAAACCUCAGACGGUGAAGCGCCUCUCCUACCCCUUCUCCAGAGAGAAGCAGCACCUAUUUGAUUUGUCUGACAGAGAUUCCUUCUUUGACAGUAAAACAAGAAGCACUAUAGUUUAUGAAAUAUUGAAAAGAACGACAUGUACCAAAGCAAAAUAUAGCAUGGGGAAAGGAGAGGGAAGAAAGAAGGAAACUACCCUUUUAAAUAAAAGACGAAAAUGUGGUAAAUAUGGGAUCACCAGUCUGCUUGCCAAUGGAGUUUACAGUGCUGCAUAUCCUCUGCAUGAUGGUGACUAUGAAGGUGAAAACGUUGAACCUAACGACAGAAAACUCCUGUGUGAGGAGUGGGCGAGCUAUGGAGUCUUUUACAAAUAUCAGCCAAUUGACCUGGUGAGAAAAUACUUUGGAGAGAAGAUUGGGCUAUAUUUUGCCUGGCUGGGAGUUUAUACACAAAUGCUUAUUCCAGCUUCAAUCGUAGGGAUUAUCGUUUUCCUCUAUGGCUGCGCAACUGUGGAUGAGAAUAUACCAAGUAUGGAAAUGUGUGACCAGAGAAACAAUAUCACCAUGUGUCCCUUAUGUGACAGAACGUGCAGCUACUGGAAGAUGAGCUCCGCUUGUGCGACUGCUCGCGCAAGUCAUCUGUUCGAUAACCCUGCAACUGUCUUCUUCUCGGUCUUCAUGGCUCUCUGGGCUGCCACCUUUAUGGAACACUGGAAGAGAAAACAGAUGCGUCUCAACUACAGGUGGGACCUGACUGGGUUUGAAGAGGAGGAGGAGGCAGUCAAGGAUCAUCCAAGAGCAGAAUAUGAAGCUAAAGUUUUAGAAAAAUCGCUGAGAAAAGAACACAAACAUAAAGAGACAGAUAAAGAAAAGCUGACAUGGAAGGAUCGUUUCCCAGCCUAUUUAACCAAUUUUGUUGGCAUUAUCUUCAUGGUUGGGCUGACCUUCGCUAUAGUGUUUGGAGUCAUCAUAUACAGGAUCUCGACUGCAGCGGCGCUGGCAAUCAGUUCCACUCCCUCGGGCCGGUCAAGCGUUAGGGUCACCGUCACUGCCACCGCAGUCAUUAUCAAUUUGGUCGUCAUCAUCAUCCUGGAUGAAGUAUACAGCUGCAUCGCAAGGUGGCUAACUCAGAUCGAGGUGCCAAAAACUGACAAGAAUUUCGAAGAGCGACUGAUUUUUUUGAAAUUUGUCAAUGCCUACACACCCAUUUUCUACGUUGCUUUCUUCAAAGGCCGAUUUGUUGGACGUCCAGGAGACUACGUCUACAUUUUCCAUUCUUUCCGAAUGGAAGAGUGUGCUCCAGGCGGUUGCCUAAUGGAGUUGUGUAUCCAGCUCAGUAUUAUCAUGUUGGGCAAGCAGCUGAUUCAGAACAAUUUAUUUGAGAUUGGCAUCCCAAAAAUGAAGAAAUUUAUACGAUACAUGAAAUUAAAGCGUCGACGUUCUUUAGACCAUGAAGAGCACAUGAAAAAAAAGCAGCGUUACGAAGUUGACUACAACCUGGAGCCCUUCGCUGGACUUACCCCUGAAUACAUGGAAAUGAUUAUUCAGUUUGGGUUUGUAACUUUGUUCGUUGCAUCCUUCCCGCUGGCGCCUUUGUUCGCUUUGUUGAACAAUAUCAUUGAAAUCCGUCUAGAUGCAAAAAAAUUUGUUACCGAGCUGAGGAGACCGGUAGCAGUCAGAGCAAAGGAUAUAGGAAUCUGGUAUAAUAUCCUCAGAGGUAUUGGAAAGCUUGCUGUCAUCAUAAAUGCAUUUGUGAUCUCAUUCACAUCCGACUUCAUUCCACGCCUCGUGUACCUGUAUAUGUACAGUGAGAAUGGCACCAUGCAUGGCUUCGUGAACCAUACACUAUCCUCUUUUAAUGUCAGCGAUUUUCAAGCAGGAACAGCUCCAAACGACCCCAUGGAUCUUGGCUACGAGGUUCAGAUAUGCAGAUACAAAGAUUAUCGAGAACCCCCUUGGUCUGAAAACAAGUAUGACAUUUCAAAGGAUUUCUGGGCUGUCCUAGCAGCAAGAUUAGCAUUUGUGAUAGUUUUCCAGAACUUGGUCAUGUUUAUGAGUGACUUUGUUGACUGGAUUAUCCCAGACAUUCCCAAGGACAUUAGUCAGCAGAUUCAUAAAGAGAAAGUUCUCAUGGUGGAGGUCUUCAUGAGAGAAGAGCAAGGCAAGCUGCAAAUGCUAGAAACCUGGAAAGACAAGGACAAGAAAAAAGGUGAAAACUGUAACAAUCACAGCCCCAGACUCUCCAGGAGCCACAGUGGGAGCUUGUCCUCCUGCCAUUCGUAUCCUCUCGACGUAUAGAAGAGGAGGGAGUUAAAUAUGUCGGGGCAUUCCACUGAUACACAAGCCAUUGCGUAAAGGGCAGGACUCGAUUAAUGGACAACCUGGUGCAUGUUGAAGGAUGUGCUGCCAUUUUGCUCCCAUCUUUGUGAGAAACGCUCUUCUUACAAAUAUGGAGGACCACGUUCUAUUUCUGAUAAUGUUGUUGUUUUUUCUUUUGCACAAGCAGUAAUGCAGGGAAUUUUUAUAUUUCAUCGAUAGAUAACACUAUUGACGUUGGUGUG